UCGCUAAAAGGAGAUGUAGAAAGAGCUGUUAAGGAUGCAAUAGAUCUCGGAUAUCGACAUAUUGAUACAGCUUUCUUUUAUGGUAAUGAGAAAGAGAUCGGAAAAGCUAUUUGCGAAAAAAUUCAAGAUGGUAUCGUGAAAAGGGAGGACCUAUUUGUUACUACAAAGCUAUGGAAUAAUACUCACAAAAAAGAACUUGUUGUUCCAACUUGCAAACAAUCGCUUACCAAUCUUGGUUUAGAUUACAUAGAUCUUUAUUUGGUUCAUUGGCCAUUUGCAUUCAAGGAGGGAGAUAAUAUGUGGCCUCAAGAUGAUAAUGGCAAACUAAUUGAGUCAGAUACGGAUUAUUUAGAAACAUGGAAAGGAAUGGAAGAAUGCGUUCGUCAAGGCUUAACUCGUAGCAUUGGAAUCAGUAACUUCAACUCCGAGCAAAUAACUCGUCUACUCAAAUCAGCGAAAAUUGCACCAGUUAACAAUCAGGUUGAAGUUAACAUAAAUAUAAACCAAGAGAAACUAGUCGAUUUUUGCAAAGAACAUAAUAUUACGGUAACUGGCUAUUCUCCCUUGGGACAACCCGGAAAUUCCUCAGGCGUCGCGAAUCAAUUAGACAAUCCUGUGAUAUUGCAAAUUGCACAAAAAUAUAAUAAGACUCCCGCGCAAAUAGCGCUUCGAUAUGUGUACCAAAACGGAGUUGCGCCAAUACCGAAGUCAGUGACUAAAAGUAGAAUAAAAGAGAAUAUGGAAAUUUUUGAUUUUUCAUUGACGAACGACGAAAUAAACGCUAUACGAAAACUUAGUACUGGUGACAGAGUGGCAGGAUUUGCCCCAACAAAGGACUUUAAGUACUAUCCCUUCAAUAUUCCAUUUUAAGAGAAAAAACACAAGAUUAUUUCUAACACAUUAUUUGAUCACACGGUUCAACGUUAUAAACUAAAACUCUGAUACUGGAUUUUAAAUAAAAAAAUUCACCAAUGAA